AUGUCAGGGACCAAGCGUCCUCACUACGAGACCCUGCUGACCAAUAUUGUGGUGAUUUCUGUGUCUCUGUUCACUGCGUCUCUCAACCUGCUCGUCAUUGUCUCCAUCUCACACUUCAAGCAGCUCCACACCUCCACCAACCUCCUCCUCCUCUCUCUGGCUGUCUCUGACUUCUUCAUGGGACUCUUCAUGUCUUUUCAAAUUGACAGCUGCUGGUUUUUUGGCAAUCUCAUUUGUUCUCUGUGUCAGUAUCUAAUUUACAUUAUUAGCUCUGCUUGUGUAGGAAACAUGGUGCUUAUAUCUGUUGAUCGCUAUGUGGCCGUCUGUUAUCCGCUCCAUUACUCCACCAAACUUACAGAAAACAGAAUGAAGAUGUGUGUGUGUCUGUGUUGGACAUGUUCCGCUCUCUAUCAGGGUGUGUAUCUGAAAGACAACCUGCAGAAACCAGGAAGGUUCAACUCCUGCCUCGGAGAGUGUGUCCUUUAUAUCAGCUAUGUUGCUGGACUUGUAGAUGUUGUUCUAUCUUUCAUUCUUCCCAUCACUGUCAUCAUAGCUCUGUACAUCAGAGUGUUUGUUGUGGCUGUGUCCCAGGCUCGAGCUGUGAGGUCUCACAUCACAUCCGUCUCACUCACACAACGAUCAGUGAAAGUGUCAGCUAAGAAAUCUGAACUGAAAGCAGCCAGGAAUCUGGGGGUUGUCAUCGCCGUGUUCCUGACAUGUCUCUGCCCAUUUUACUGUGUCAGUCUAACAGACCAAGACACACUGUUUUCUGCUUUUGCCAUUUAUUUGUACUAUUUAAAUUCCUGCUUAAACCCUGUUAUCUAUGCCUUUUUUUACUCAUGGUUCAGAAAAUCUGUUAAACUCAUCAUCACACUUAAGAUCCUGCAGCCUGACUCCAGUCAGACCAACGUGCUAUAG